AUGGAAACGUCAAGCUCUGAUGGCAAUUCUGGUUUUUUACGAGCAGCACGAGCAGGAAACCUUGAAAAAGUUUUAGAAUUUCUUCGUUCAAGUAUCGAUAUUAAUACAUCCAAUGCAAAUGGACUAAACGCUUUACAUUUAGCUUCAAAAGAAGGUCAUGUAAAUAUUGUUCAAGAACUUCUUACACGUGGUGCAAAUGUAAAUGCGGCUACUAAGAAGGGUAACACAGCACUACAUAUUGCGAGUCUUGCCGGUCAAGAAGAAGUUGUUAAACUCCUAGUCAAACACAAUGCAAAUAUUAAUUGUCAAUCACAAAACGGUUUUUCACCGUUGUAUAUGGCCGCACAAGAAAAUCACCUUGAAGUUGUUAAAUUUCUGCUCGCUAAUGGUGCAAAUCAAAGUUUAGCCACCGAAGAUGGUUUUACACCACUUGCCGUUAGUUUACAACAAGGACAUGAGAAGGUUGUUGCAAUUUUAUUAGAAAAUGAUUCAAAAGGAUCAAAAGUUCGUCUACCAGCGUUACAUAUAGCAGCGAAAAAAAAUGAUACAAAAGCAGCUGCUUUAUUAUUACAAGCUGACAGUCAACCGGACCUUAAUUAUAAGAGCGGUUUUACUGCUCUCCACAUUGCUAGUCAUUAUGGAAAUGUCGAAGUUGCUCAAUUAUUGAUCUCGCGCGGUGCAGACGUUAAUUAUGCUGCUAGUGAUGGUUUGACACCGUUACAUUGUGCAGCACGAAGUGGUCAUGAUCAAGUUGUUGAUUUAUUACUUGAAAGUGGAGCUCCAUUUGGUGCCAAAACUAAAAAUGGAUUAUCGGCUCUUCAUAUGGCUGCUCAAGGUGAUCAUGUUGAUGCAGCAAGAAUAUUGUUAUAUUAUAAAUCAACAAUUGUUGAUGAUGUUAGCUCAGAUUAUUUAACUGCAUUACAUGUUGCAGCUCAUUGUGGUCAUUUAAAUGUGGCCAGACUUCUUUGUGAACGACGAGCAGAUGUCAAUGCAAAAGCCUUAAACGGAUUUAGUCCACUUCAUAUAGCCUGUAAAAAAAAUCGUUUAAAAGUUGUUGAAUUAUUAUUAGCAAAUGGUGCACAAAUUGAAGCACGAACAGAAUCCGGUUUAACACCAUUACAUGUUGCCGCAUUUGUUGGUAGUCAUGAUAUUGUUGUAUAUCUAAUUAAUCAUGGUGGACAUCCUGAUUCGACAACUGUACGUGGUGAGGCACCAUUACAUUUGGCAACGCGUGCAAAUCAAAUUGAUAUAAUAAGAACGUUGUUAAAACACGGUGCCACAAUUGAUAUUAAAGCAAAAGAAAAACAAACUGCUUUACAUAUAGCUACUCGACUAUCAAAUAUUGAUAUUGUUAAUCUACUAUUGAAACAUGGUGCCAAUGUUGAUAAUGUAACAAAAGAUGGUUAUUCAAGUUUACAUAUUGCAGCUAAAGAAGGACAAGAAGAAAUUGCCAGUUUACUUAUUGAUCAUGGAGCAUCAUUGAAUAUUGCUACAAAAAAAAAUUUUAUGCCUCUUCAUGUAUGUAGUAAAUAUGGAAAUAUUAAAGUGGCAAAUUUAUUAUUACAAAAAGGAGCAUCAUCAGAUAUUCAAGGAAAGAAUGAUUUAACUCCUUUACACGUUGCAAUUCAUUAUAAUCAUAGUCAUGUUGCCUUAUUAUUACUACAACAUGGUGCCUCGCAAUUACCAGCUCGAAAUGGCUAUACACCAUUACAUAUUUGUUCAAAAAAAAAUCAAUUAGAUAUAGCUGAAAUGUUACUCGAAUAUAAUGCGAAUACAAAUGCUGCAUCUAAUGGUGGUUUUACACCAUUACAUUUAGCAUGUCAAGAAGGUCAUAGUGAUAUGGUCUAUUUAUUAUUAGAAAAUCAUGCUGAUACAAAUGCAUCAUCAAAAUGUUUAUUACGUGCACUACAUUUAUGUGCACAAGAAGAUCGUGUUAAAUGUGCCGAAGCUCUUAUUAAUAAAAGUGCUGAUAUUAAUCCUCAAACAUUAUCAGGCUAUUCACCAUUACAUGUUGCUUGUCAUUUUGGUCAAAUAAAUAUGGUUCGAUAUUUGUUACAAUUAAAUGCAGAUGUUGACGUUGAAACAAAUCUUGGUUUUACAUGUUUACAUUCAGCUGCUCAACAAGGUCACGUACUAAUAGUAAAAUUAUUGUUAGAAAAUGGAGCAUCUCCAAAUAAAACAACAAAGCAUGGUCAAACACCAUUAGCAAUUGCUCAACGUCUAGGCUAUAUAUCUGUUGUCGAAGAAUUAAAAGUUGUUACAGAAACAACAAUAGCUAGUAAACAUGAAUUAAUUACAGAGGAGAGAUAUAAGAUACAAGCACCUGAAAUAUCACAUGAAGAACAACCAUUGACGGAUUCGGAUGAUGAAACAGAUGCACAUGCUAAAAAUGAUGAAGAUACCUACGACUAUACAUAUCCUGAACUUGGUCGGUGUAAAUCGAGAAAUAUAGUAUCAUUGCCAUCAUUUAAAGAAAUGUGGCGUAAAAAAUCUAUUAUUGUCGUUGCUACAGAGCAAGCGCCUAUCACUAAUCAGAACGAUAUUAAUAAGAAUAUGCUCGGUGAUACAAGUUCGAAUGCUCAUAUGCAAUAUUUACGUGAUGGUGGUACAUUGAAUGAAGCAGAAGAAAGUAAAUUAAAUCAACCAUCAUUUAACAAAGAAGAAUCAGAUUAUCCAAUGCGAGCUGUUACCGAUUGGACAGAAUCACGAGAUAAUUUACAUGAAGCACAACAAUUUGACAAUGAACAAAUCACAAAACCAAAACAUGGCGGGUUUUUAGUUAGUUUUCUUGUUGAUGCGCGCGGCGGUGCUAUGAGAGGUUGUCGUCAUUCUGGUGUUCGUGUUAUUAUACCACCAAAACGCGCUAGUAUGCCAACAAGAAUUACAUGUCGUUUCGUAAAACGAGAAAAACUAACUAUUCCACCACCGUUGAAUGAAGGCGAAGCAUUGGCUGCACGUGUAUUAGAAGUUGGUCCUGUUGCUUGUAAAUUUCUUGGACCUGUCAUUUUGGAAAUACCACAUUUUGCAUCGUUACGUGGUCGUGAACGUGAAAUUGUUGUUUUAAGAAGUGACAAUGGUGAAAAAUGGACAGAACAUCCAGGAUCAAUGACUGACGAAGCAGUAAAAGAAGCACUAGGCGAAACAAUCGAUAUGGAAGAAUUAGACAACGUUGAAGAUUUACAUUCGAAACGUAUAACUCGUAUAAUAACAAACGACUUUCCUCGGUAUUUUGCCUUGGUUACACGUGUACGACAAGAAUCAAAUUUUAUUGAUGAUAAAGGCGGUGUAUUAAAUUCUACCGUCGUAUCACAUGUAGAAGCACUUAUUCCAGAAAAGGCUUUACAAAAACGUAUUCGUGUUUCGUUACAUGUGCUACCGAUUUCACAUCAAAUUGUUCAUCGUUCAUAUGGUACACGUGUCAAUGUUAGUCCAGUUGUAACGGUUGAACCUCGUCGAAGAAAAUUUCAUAAACCCAUUACAUUAACAAUUCCAUUACCAAAAUCAUCGACAACUACAUCAUCGUCAUCUAAACAUCAACAAAGUGGUGCUUAUUCAAGUGAUUCACAAACUUUACGAUUAUUAUGUAGUAUUACGGGAGGUACACAUGCUGCACAAUUUGACGAUAUUACCGGGCAUACACCAGUUACAUUUUCGAAUGAUUGUGCAACAUUUACAACAACAGUCUCUGCAAGAUUUUGGCUCAUUGAUGCUCAAGGCGUUCAAGAUGUAAUUAAAAUGGCUCAUGAUAUUUAUCGUGAAGCAACAUCUGUUCCAUACAUGUCUCGUUUUGUUGUAUUUGCUAAGCGUCAUGAUCUCAAUGAAGCAAUGGUUCGUGUCUUUUGUGUGACAGAUGAUAAAGAAAAUAAAACGUUAGAAAUGCAAGAACAUUUUACCGAGAUAGCAAAAUCGAAAGAAGUUGAAGUUCUUAAUGGUAAUAGUAUCUAUGUUGAUGUUGGUGGUAAUUUAAAUGCGGUUGUUAAAACAAGUGAUCAGUUAAUAAUCACUUUUCGUUCAUUUCGUGAAAAUCGUUUACCAUUUGUUGUUCGGAUACGUGAUCCACAUCAAGAAGAAAAUGGACGAAUGAGUUUUUAUAAAGAUAAUUUGCAAACAACAUCAGGUACAACAGCAACGAUACAAAAAUCAACAUCAGCAACGUUAACAAAUGGAAAUAUAAUUGUCAAUGGACAAAAUGUUGUCGAUACACAGGCACUACAAGCAAUCUGCAAUUUGAAUAUUUCUAUACCAUCAUAUGAUAAAGAUUUUCUCGAAAAUGAAGAACGUUUACAUGCAAUGCAUUCGAUGACAAUUAGCGAUGGUCAUGCGGACUCAAGAUCGGAUGCCGAUAUGUAUCGCAAAGGAGAAAUACGUUUAACUGACAUCGCAAAACAUUUGGGUCAAGAUUGGCCCGCUUUAGCUGCUGAAUUAGAACUGAGUGAAGAAGAAGUGACACAAAUAAUGGAUCAACAUGGUGAAAAUGCAGCACUUCACAUGUUGAGAUAUUGGUUAAAAUCAAGAGGUCCCGAAGCGACUGGUAAUUGCUUACAACAAGCAUUAAGAAAAAUUGGAAAAGAAAAUAUUGUACAUAGUUGUGUAUUCAAUAUUGAAUGGGUCACGGAUGCAGCUGAAAAAGAAGUGGCUAAAGCUCGUUUAACUAGUCGAGGUGGCGAAUCACAUGGAAGACGAACCGAUGAAGGUUUUGAAAGUGACGAUGAAUACGAAAGAAAACGGCAAGAAAAAUAUUCAAAAUCAAGACAAGAUAAAUAUACAUUAGUUCGAUUUUACAUCUUUCCAGUUCGAGAAGAUGGAAUCGAUGAUAAUACAAUAAAAAUUACCGAUAUCAUAUCUACAAAACCGUCAACAACAACAACUACUAUAAUUAAAACCAUUACUCUUGAAGAAACAGAAGAAGAUGGCGAAAAGAUUGAACUACGACAGCCAAUUAAAAUAGCUAAAGAAACUGCUAUAACUAUAAGUCAACCAGUGGUACCACAAUUUAAACAAUUUGAACCUUUAAAAGUUAAAUUUCCAUCACGUGAUCAUUCAAAAGAAUUUACAUCUUCUUCGUCUUCGAGCGCAGAUACAAUUGUUACUGUAGGAAUGAGGGGUGAUCAUUACGAUGAUCAUUUACAUUAUGUUGAUUCGAGUAAAGCGACUACUCCCGCAUCUCGUUAUGGUGGUUAUUAUUCAAUUUAUCAUGGAGGCGGUGCUUAUUCGGGUUCAAUAACCCCAUCGAGUUGUCAUUCAACAGCAUUUGAAAUGAUGCAUAUUGAAAGUUUAAGAGAAAAAUUAAAUCGUUUAACGAGAGAAAGUCAAAAUCUUACAUCGGGCAGAGCCGAUCUUGAUGAUACUUACGGCAGUCCACGAGUUUUACGUGUCAAAGAUGAUGGAAAAACAACUCCGACUAGUCUAAGUUCAGAAUUCCAAAAAAAAACAUUAUCUCGAGAAGCGUCGCGUCAUCAGCCGGGUGAUUAUAGCAUUGUGAAUAUUGUUAAAGAAUUUCCUGUUAUAGCUGGUAUUACAAAUGAGAAUGAUCGUAGCAGUGUGCAUGUCUAUGCAAAUGGAAGACGCACCAACGAUAAUGACAUGGCUGCUACAACAAAUGGUACAAUGACGUAUGAUAAACCAAACAAUAAUAUCGCUAACAGUAGUGGUAUUAUGGAAACAAUCAUACAAAAUACGUUUGUUUCACCAAGCAAAAUUGAUUUUAAUAAAUUAAAUGAUCAACCACAACAAGAACAACUGGAUGAUCAGCCAGAUGCUGUUAUUCAACUGGCUCAAGGAGCAAGACAAACGUUAGAUGAUAUUCGUGAGUAUCUUCCACCUGAUUCUUUUAUUAUAACAAAUAACGUAGUAUCUAAACGAGACUCGACAAAUACUGAUACUCAGUCAACUGAGUCCUCUAGUUCUCCUAUAUCACCACUUGAACAGUUUAUUUUGCCUGAAGAAAAAUCUGUUAGUCGAACAUCAAACGUUGCUGAACGUUUAUCAAAAUCAAAAAUAAUUCCGGAGCCGGCACGAGCACUUGCCAAUGCUCUAAAACAUGCUGUUGUUAAACCGUUAAAAAAAACCAUGAAUAAAAUGAGAUCUUUCGACUCGACAACAACUUCAUCUAUUAAUAACAACGAAUUAUCAUCAGUUGACACUCAAAAAGUGUCUCAAGAAACUGUUUCAGAGAGUACUGGUAUUGAGCUACAGCAUCAUCCUUCAAUCGUUUAUCCGCCACCACAUACCAGUCCAUCUAUUGAUGACGAAAAAAAUUCAGAUAUAAUAAAAAGUACAAUAGUUUCAACAGAAGAACAUACACUCUCCGAACCAUCAACACCUGUGACAACUUUUCUCGACUCAGUUACAUUGUCAUCGCUUCUUCUUACGGAUUUACCACCAACAAAUCCUCCUCAGCACCGUGAUUCAUCUUCAUCAGCCGAUGUAUUAACACCCUUGUUGUCUGCAACACCUCCAGUGAAACCUCCACGAAAGUUUAUUCCUCACGAUGAUCUCAUAUUUAAUAGUAAUAAUAACGAUGAAUCAUUACUCGAUAAUUAUAAUUUAAUACAACAAACUGAUGAUGUUGUUAAAAAAGUAUUGAAUAUUGUUGAUACGUUCGGAAUGCCCGACAAUGGUAUUGAUGAUGUUGAAUUAUUGAAAUACUCUCAUCCACCACAAUUUGUUUACAUUCAACAACCGUCGAAUAAAUCAGAAUUGAUAUCUCACUCUAAUAAUGUUGAUAACGAACAAAAAACACAUACGAAUAACUUAGAACAAAUUUUGUCUGAUAUAGAAACAGGCAUUCAUCCAUAUAAUCAAGAAAUUGUCACCCAUGAUGAACAAUUUAAAUCGGAUGACAGUGAUAAUGUUGAUGUAAAAUAUUUAAGCGAUAUCAUGAAACAUAUUCGAGAAGCAAGUCGACAAAUAAAUCAUAGUGAUACGGUCUACGAAUUGAGACCAGAAACUUAUGAACCGCUAAGUCGUACAAGCGUCGUAUUAUCAUUGAUCAAAAGUAAUGAUGUUCAUCGAUUUGAAGCUGCGCCACGUUACAUCGCUCUAAUGUCUGAUAAAUUACCCGAACAAAUUGAUCUUAUACCAGAUCAGCCAAACUUUAAAACUGUCAUUGAUUUAUCUACGGCUACAUCUUUAGCAUUAGAACCUCAACAAAAUGUUACAACGGAAUUUUUAAACUCGCCAAUUGAUGAUGAGAACGAUCAUUCGAUGAUUGAAAUUCUUGGUGAACAAAAUGAAUUAGAAACCGCUUUAUGUUCACACAUUAUAAAUCCACUUGUAGGACCCAUUUCUAGUCAACAAACUAGUAGUAAUGAAGUCGAUAAGUCAUUGUUAUCAUCAGAUUCAUCUCCUUCAUCCAACGUUAUAACUGUCAUUUCUUCAACAUUUGAUACUAACGAACCAUCACCUAUUCAAACUUCUGUGGAUACUUUAUCAAUUCCCUAUUUUCAUACCACGACAACAACAACCAUAGAUACACCUCUUUUCAUUGAAGAAACAGCUGUUCAAAGUACAUCUGUCACAUCGUCGAUCGAUUCGACCAGUGAACCCUCCGAUACAGUCAAGAACGCCACUUUAAAUCCUCACUAUUCACUAUCUGAGAUCAAAGCUAAGUCAAAAUCAUCAAACGACACCGAUAUCCAAUCUCACUCGGUAGAAACAGCAAUGAACAUUGAAAAAAUAGCUGCAGAAAUACAACAAACAUUCGACGAAGAAAAUCAAACGCAAUCUGAUGUUGAUAAAAUUCGUGAUAUUGACACAAUGAUAAAUAAAGAUCGUCAAUCUUUAUUAGCAAAAUUAUCGAAACUUGAUAAUAGUAACCCAUUAUCUCGUGAAAGUAGUAUCACAACCACACUAACAUCAUCAUCUACGCCAAGAGAUUCCAUUAGCGAUCAAGCCGGUUAUGCAAGUGAAUCAAGUGGAGGAAUGAAUACAUUUCUUGAUUCAUUUAAAACCGGUCUCAAUAUUCAGGAACAACCUUUGACAAUCACCGAAAUUGAGCAACCAAAACCAUCAAUUGCAUCUACAAGCAGACCAUUAAUGUUUGUUUCACUUGAUUCUGGUUUUAAUUUAUCUAAAGUUUUUUCUCCGUUAACUGAUUUUGUUAAAACUUCUAAUACUGACGCUAAAAAUGUACAGCGACCCUCUAUUCCUCCUACUUCGCCCAUUUAUUUUUGUCCGCCACCCACUUUAUCAAAUACUACACCUCUUAUAACAACCACAUCUGUCACUGUUAUAUCCCGUGCCGAUCCUAUGGUCAACUCAAUAUUGACAACAUCUUCAACAAAUGAUGAUGAUUUAAUAUUAAAGAACGGUAAUUCAUCGUUGAUGCCUUACUCAUUAGACGCAGGGUCAGAUAAUUAUAAUCAUCGUUCAUUGCGCAGUAAAGAAAAUAGUAUUGAUUCAGUUGAUGCAAAUUUUUACGAUAAUGUUCAACAAAUUCGAAGUGGAACACCUCGCUCAUUAAUCUCCGAUUAUGAUAAUUUACAUGGUUCAUUUGUUAGUUUAAAUGAUUCACAAACAAUUGAGGGUGAACAACAACAACAACAACAACAACAACAACAAACUCAACUGUUAUCUUCUAGUCUUCAUGAAAUGGUUUCUUCUCCAUCGAUUAUAUCGAAAAAUGAUACCUCCUCGAUAUUAUCUGGUUCCACACAGUAUGAAAGUUUUGAUAAUAUACCUACAACGACAUCAUCAUUAUCAACCGUCUAUCAAUCAGCUCUUAGUACAUUGAACAAUUCAUCAAAUGAUUUUAGUGAUAUUACAUUGACACCAGAAAUACAUCAGAUCCCAUCCGAAAUAAGUGAUAAUGAUAUAGAUCUUGUUGAAAAUAUAAAUUUAAAAAUGCCAACAUCAAGUUUAGUAACAAAUAUUAAUCAAAUUAGUGAUGAAAAUAAUGCUACAGCUGCAACGCUAUCCAAACAUAUCGUUGAAGAUAAUAUGGAUACACGCACAAAACCGAGUGCUACAUUACCCGUUAUUUCACCUAUUCAAUCCAUAUCAGGUUUAAAUAAGACGUCAGUAUCAUUUCAACGUCUAUCAAAAUAUACUAGACCAGCUGAUGAAUUAGGGCAGCAUUCCUCGGAUAUAAAUACAAUUUUGUCUUCAAUAUCAACUGUACCAUCAUACACUUCAUCACCUAAUACCAUUCGCGAAAUACGUUCAAAAUUGAUGGAAAUAUCCCCUGACCUAUCAAAAAAGACGUCAAAAAUUGCAUCAUCAAACGUCAGUAGUCAUCAUCAACAGCCUGUCUCGAGUACGGCUGAUCAUAUACAAUCAAAUUGGUUAGAAGAUCGUCGUGCUUAUCAAAGCGAAGAACAACAACAACAACAACAAAUUCUACCGAAAACUCGAUCACCACGAAUGUCACCACCAACAAAACUCUCAUUUGAACAAAACAUAACAAAUUUAGAAAAGGAAUCACCAUUAUUACAGUCAGAAUUAUUGACAGCUGAACAUGAAUUAUCAGCACUAAAAUCUCGUCUAGCUGUUACGGAGGGAAUUACUGCUGUUACAUCAACAAUACUAGAAUCAUUGAAAGAACAUUUUGAGUUACCUGCAAAACAAGUUGAACAAAUUGAUGCUGCUAUAUUUAGCACUAGAGAAAAUGUUGACACAAUUUCUGGUAGAAAGGUUUGCGGUGAUCUAAGCAGUGAACCAAUACCAAAAAUUGCAUCAUUUAAUAAAAUUUUAGUUAGUGGAGUUAGUUCACAUUCUAUUUCGACUCUCAAACCGACGUUCAUUGAUCAGGCAACAUCUCCUAUUCAAGAGUUUAAUAUUAAUAAUUUACCAAUGAUAUUAACAUUACCAUCAUUAACUGUUGCUUCACAAACAUCACCGAUGAUUGAAAAUAUCUCGUUAUUACCAUCACUCACAAACGAAUUGACAGGAGAAUCAGUUGAAAUUCAUUAUGAUGCAAUAACAAAUCAACAAACAUCGUUUCUUGUCAAAACACGAAAUUCAUUUUGGAUUGCCAACCAUAUUCCAAUACAUGAAGCGGAAAAUCGUUUACGAACAAUGUCGAGUCCAGUCAUGAAACGUGCUACAGUAAAAUUACCCGAGUCUAUGGAUCAAUUUUUAUCAGACUCAGAGGAUGAAUUCUCUUCUCAAACACAUAAAAAAACAGCGCAACAAGUUGACGAGGAAAAAUUGCCAAAAGAAUCAUUAGAUAUUGAUAGAGAAUCACAAUGGUCUAUUGAGUCAAUUGCCGAUUCAGAAAAGCUCACCGAUCCAUCAAUUUCUAAUACGCAAGAAUUCGUAUUAUCUACAAAAGAUGAAGAUGAAAUUAUCGGUGAAUAUGAACAUCCGUCAGUCUCGCAAUCACAAACACGUUCACCAUUUACUGAACAAAAUUUAAAUCUAUUUAAUGAAGAAUCCAUGGAAAUAAAACAAUCGUCUAACGAGGAUACUGGGUUAGCAGAAGUUCUAGCACCAUCUAUUUCAAUUUCAUCCGCUCAAGAAUUAUUAACACUGGAAGAAAACGGUUAUUUAUCAACAUAUCCUCCAUCUGAUUUGGAACAUCAAGCAUCAGAAUUUAAUUCAUAUGAAAAAGACCAGUUUCAACCUACACAAGUUGUGGAUGAAUCUACAGUUUUUUCAAAAGAUAAAUUAAUUCAACAAGAUUCUUUGACACAAUUGUAUGAAAAUAUAUCAGCAUCUAUCACAGACAAAGUUCUUUCUGACAUUCUAGAAAAACAACAGCAAUCACCAAAAACUAGUAUUGAAUCGGAAUCAUUUAGUCAAUCUCCCCCGUUACCUAUAACGCCAGAUAGAGAAACAAGUUAUGAUACGAAAGAACAAUUAUCGGAAAUGAUAAAAAUUCGUUCGGCACCAUCUGAAAAUCGACAACAAUUAGAAGAAUUAGAAGUAAAAGUAGAAGAGUUAGAUAAUAUCUUGGAUCACAUGUUACAUCAACAAGAUAAAGAAAUAUCGACAGAAAUGAAUGAAUUUGAAUUAAAAGUAGAUGAAUUAACGACGAUUGUUCAUGAUAUUGAUAUGAAAAAACAAAAUGAAGAUCGUAUUGAAUCAGAAAUUGAUGAAUUAUAUAAAAUAAUACUAUCUAUACAUGGGAAAAAUCAAAUUAAUUUUGAUAUAUUACCGAAUUCUGAAAAAGACUAUGAAUUAACCACUGAACAACUUUCUCAAGAGCGACGACAUUCAUUAGAAUUAUUGAAAGAAAAUGUUGAUGAAUUACGACAAAUUAUAUAUGAUAUAUCUACAAUUAAUUUACAUGAACGUCCACAUAAUUUACUAUUAACAACGGACAAUCAAAUUUUACAAUCACAUAAUGUAACAACAUCCGAUGUAGAAGUUUCAGAUAGAGAUUUAUCGGAAGAAAAUGAAAAUAAAAUAACAUCAGUUCGAAAUAUUGAUAUUGCAAAAGAGUGGACACCCGAACAAAUGGCAGAAUAUUUUCAAUGUACGUCAGAUGGUAAACCAUUAUCAAAUUUUAAAUUAUCAUCUGAAGAUUUACCAUCAACAUUUAUUUCAAAUAAAACACAACCUAUAGUCGAUCAUAUUAAUCAACAAUCAUAUUCUUUAGAUAAUUUAACACGGAUAAUUGACGAAAUGCGUGAAUCACAACAUAUUGAUAUACAAAAAUUGAUUCCAGAAGAUUCAAUAGUUUCAACAACAAAUCGAUCUUCAUAUCCUGAGAAGAAAGUGAUUACACAUCUCAUACCAGAAAGUCCUCGUAUCUCAAGUGAUGUUUUUUAUGAAGGAGGUCGUAAUCACAGUUUGUUUGAUAAUACUCAUAAUUUAAUAAAUAUUGUUCAAACCAUAAUUGAUAUUGGUCAACAACAAAAAAGUGUUAUUCCACAUCUAAUUCCGGAAGCACCAAGAAUUACCCAAGACGUAUUCUAUGAAGGUGAUACUCAUCGAACACUGUAUACUACUGAUAUUGAUGAUUUAAGAACAAUCGUGGAAGAUACUUCACAUAAAGUACAAUUAGAACCUGAAGAGCCACGUAUCACAGCAGACGUUUUUUAUGAGGGUGAUACACAACGGUCAUUAUAUCAAAAAGAUAAUGAACAGUCAAAUAAUGGUGGUUUGUAUCAAAUUGUUAGUGAUAUUCACGACCAUUCAUUAAAAAAAGCAUUAGAAUCGGAUACCGAGGAAGUACUUGCUGAAUCUUUUAUAACCACCGAGAUGCCAGUUAAUAAAGGUGGCGGAUUGUACGAGAUAAUCCAUGAAAUUGAAAAUUUUCCAUUACGUUCAAAUACAACAUCCAAACAAUUCUAUGAAGACGAUGAACAACAAAUGUCUCCAGAUACCAUGGAGUUUAUGAAUACAAUACAAGAAGUUGAACGACAUUCAAUACACGAUGAAAAUAUUAUGAUGCCUAAAAGAGAAUAUAGAUCACCGUUUAGCCAAGAACCGUCUAUAGUGAUUCAUCGAACGAUUUUAACACGAAAUGAUACACUGUAUGAGCCAGAAAAACUCACGGUAGACUCUGGUUUAAGUUCACCAACAGUAGAAAUAGAAUCACAAAGUACUGAAACAUUUAUCUCGAAACCUGUAGACGGUUACGUAAAAACUGUAGAUACUGACAGUCUAAGAGCUGUCAGCUCUAAAGAAAACUUAUAUAUUGAAUCAUCCGCCGAAAAUCCUUAUUACGUUCCACCUGGAGUACGCACUCUGCGUAGAGAAGAUAUCGAUCAAUUGAAUGAAGAUGAUGUUAAGCCAUCAAACGGAUUACAUCAGAUUAUCGAUGACAUUCAUAAUAUUAAUAAGAAUAAAAAACUCACUCAUGAUGAUUGGACAACUUCACCACACCAACGUCAAGAAAUCUAUGGGGAAAAAUAUAGACCAGAAAGAAAAUUUAGUUCUGACCUAGUCACUCACAAAAACAUUGUAUCAGAUGAUUCUUUUGACACUGCAGAUCAUUUUAUAAAAAAUGUUCAAGAACAACCACCUACGUCGUCAGAUACUGUAAUUAAUCCUCCACAUUCUCACGAGAUGCAAGAGGUCUCGCCUACUCAAGGAAUGUCUGAACUUACUCCAAGUGUGGAAGAAUUGAUAAAGAUAGCGAGUAGUUUAAGAAAUUUUCAAAAACCCGUUUUACAAGAUCAAGAAUCAUCUCAGAUAUUAUCUUAUAAAACUGAUGAAUAUUCUUCAUCUGACGAGGAAAUUGAUCUUUCGAAGCGUCCAGAUAACUGGACAAACUCAUCGUUUCAAAGACAAGAAAUUUAUGGUGAUAAGUAUCGUCCAGAAAAAUAUUUGAGCGAAGACCAGAUUGACUACGCUAUGGAAAGUCCCGAAGUAGAAAUACGUUUAACACAGGAAACAUUCCCAACCACGUCAGGUCUUGAAAGUAUUAUCCGUGAUAUUUCAAACGACAAUACAGUUAACGAAGAAAAUCAAGAUUCAUCGUUUGUUUCUCAUAUACAGCGAUCAUCUAUAAUAAGUCGCACAAUACCAUCGACUAGACAAAGUUCAGAUGAAAUUAGUGAGGAUUCGGACAAUGAUCAGAUAUUAGAAGAUAAUCAAUUAUAUACAUCAGAAAAUGAUUUUAGACCAACCCAUUUGAAUAUCACUACUUCAUCUACGCUAGAAAAUCAAUCAGCACCAUUUCAAUCUGACUUUCCAGUAUUAUCCACGGAGUCUAUUCAACAAUUUAGUACAGAACAACAAAAGAGAGAUAGUUCAGAAAUAUUAGUUGAAAAAUCAAAAAAUGAUAAUGAUGACGUGGAAGAAGAAGAAUUAAGUGUCUAUGACCGAUUACUAAUUCAAACAUCGGCUGACAUUGUUAAUAAAAUAUUACAAAAUGCAAUAAAUGAGGAAUUUGACUACGAUAGCCUAGCAGAUAAUCUAAAUUCAUCAAAAAUCGAAACGCUUACUGAACAUUCACUUGAGCAAUUCCAUGAAACGAAUACACAAACAAUCGAAAACGAUCAGAUACAAAAUACUCCAAAAGAUGUAGCGCAAGGUUUUAUAUCCAUGUCUUCGACGAGAGAUGACGAAAAUUUGCCUCAAUUAACAAUGCUAAAUUAUAAAAUGCAACAAGGUUAUAAUCUCAAUGAGGCAGCACGACACCAACAACAGGUAGACAACGUGGAAGAUGAACAAGAUAGCUUAAAUGAUAGUAGCAAAUACUCAACAAGUGCCGAUGCGCUGCCGUUAGAUUCGUCACUUGAUAGUAUUGCUCACGCAAAUGAAGAAGAACAACAAAUAACUGAUUGGAACUCAUUAGUUAAAGGCACGUCUGAACAAGAACGACAAGUGCGUGAUAUUCCAGAGCUCGUCAUAUCGGAGGUUAGUGUAGAAAAUGAACAAGAAGACGAUCUCGAAGAUCAACAGCAUUAUAUCUCAUCAAAUUCGGUUCAAGACUUAGGAAACUUAAUUAAUGAAUUACAGGAAUUAGAAGAGAAACUUGAAGAAGAGCAUCUUCAAGAAGAACAAGAGACGUCCUUAUCGUCUAUUGAGGAUGAAGAUGAUGAAAGCAAAAAUUUAAUACCACAUCCCACAGAUGAACCCUAUUUGUCUGUAUCAGAUGUGGUCACUUCCAGAUCAACUCAAGAACUUGGGGAUCUUGUAUCCGAAUUAAAAAGUUUAGAAAAACAAAUUAAUGAAACUAUCAUUCAAGAUGAAGAAAAUGACCGUUUAUCAUCGGAGGAAGACGAAAUUCACCCUUAUGAUCUACAAAUAUCACAAAGUUUAAGCAGUACCAAAUCUACGCAAGAGCUGGGACAUCUUGUAGAACAAUUACACAAAGUCGAAGAACAACUAGAAAAUAAAUUAGAACAGUCUGCAAGUUUACAACUCGAACCAAGCAAGUUAGAAACGUCAAAAUCAUCUAACGAAUUAGUCAACCUAAUGAGUGAAUUAACCGAUGUUGCACAUAAACUUGAGAUAAAAUUAAACUAUGAACAAUUCUCGAAUGAUAUUAUUGAAAAACGCCGUAAUUCUAAAUCAAUAUCUGAUCAAGAUUAUCACCGAACAGAACGACGUCCAUCUAGUCCACCAACAACACCCACACUAAAAACACAAUUUGUCGAAGAGUUAAUUCGAUCAAUGAACGAUGUUGAUGAAGCAAAAGAAGAAUUAUCGUCGCUUAUAGCUAAUCAAGAUGAAACUAUCAGUGCAGAAAGUGACAUUUUACAAGAAAUGAUUGAAAACAUUAUUAAACAAGCACAAGAAACAGUUGAAAAUGAAGAAAAAGAAUUAAAUUUAAUUCAGUCCAAUAAAAUUAUUGAUAAAAAUCUUAUUAAAUCACCAAACACGAUUUUGGAACCCAUUGAUCGUCGACGACCCUAUACGCAGUCCUCAGCGACGUCGAUAAGCGAUGAAUUAUCAACGGAGGAUAAUACGAUUGAUAAACAGGGUGAACUGGCUGCUCAACUUGAUUAUUUAAGACGCAUGUCUCGAUAUGAAAGUCUAUAUGAUGAAGAUCAACGACAACAACACAAUGCGUCGCUAUCAGAAACUAGCGAUAUGUUUGAGCAACAAACAAAAUUUGGUGAUUAUUUGACGGCUGUACGUGAAGAAGAAUUGGAAACAAAAUGUAUGGAAGAUGAAGAUGGAAACAAAACAGACAGCGAUAAAAACAGCAGCAAUGAAGAUGAUGAUAAUAAACAAAAUAAAUAUCGCAUAAAUAACGAUAAACCAUUUUUCGAACGCAAAGACAAAGAUGAACAUGAUGAUAGCGACGAUGACGGUGGUAACAGAACCGGUGAUCAAUUUUUUCAAAGUAAUCAAAUCACGGAUACAAAUCAAAUAAGUGAACAACCACAACAACAACAAUCUUCAGAACAACAAAGCGGCUCUUCAAAUACAACGCAAGUUGAUAAUGAAAGUCAAAUGCAAAUUUCUCAGGAUUCUAUCGAGAACUUCAAUUAUACAUCAUCUAAUACGAAAGAAAUAGCCGACUAUAGAUACGAUACGACAUGGAAUAAGAGUGAUGCAAACCAAGAGGAAACUAGGCACGAUUUCGUGAAUUUAUUAUUAAAUGACAAUGGAGAAGUUGACAAGACACCAACACAGCAAACACCAAGUAAUGAUCAAAAUAAUAUCAUUGAUUUUCAACGUAUCGAACAAAAUCCUCCAGAUAUGAAAACGUCCACAGAUUCACUCGAGAAUGAAUCAGAUGGAAAAUCAGAUAGCGAAUUAAAACUUGCAUUUAGUUUACCAUUAGAUAUUAAUAGAGACGAUGAAUUUGACGUAACUCAGGACGAUGUUCAAAUAGAAAUGGAUAACUUAUUUAAUCCAAUAAGUCCAUCAAGUAAUAAUGAAUUUGAUCUAUUAAGACGUGAAACAGAUGAACCUACACCAAGUAAAAUGUCCGGUUAUCAUAGUGAUUAUUUUCGACCAGAUUCUGUUACAUCACACAGUGAGAGACAUUCAACACCACGGGAAAUGUUAAAAAAUGAUCAACGAAUAACACCUGAAAUUCGUCGCUAUUCAAUUGGAAGCGAACAAAGUUUUGAUGAAGCAACUGAUAAUUUUAUCACAGCCCAUGAUCAAUUAACUACUACUACUAAUCUAACAAAUGAAAUUGGUCACAAUCUAGCCCAUUCGGAUAACGAAAUUAAAAUAGAGGAAAAGCCAACAGUUUAUCAUAUGAUUCAACGAGAGAUUGAAACCGAACAAUUACCGGUCAUGCACGCUAGACGAACGAUAAGUGAAAAUAGUUUGUAUAGUACAUCAAGUUCAUCAGUACCAAUGAAUAAUAGCAAUUCUUUAUCAAACUCGUGUUUACAGUUGACCAGUUAUAUCAGCGAUAAUGAAAUGAAUCAGUCAUUAAACGACGAGAAAAAAAUUGAUACAAUCUCAACCGAUUCACACAGUUUAAGAUCCAUUAAUAAUUCAAAGUUGUCUACUAAAUCAUCAUUGAUUACAAAUGAUGCUUUAACACCUGUCAAUAACUUAAAUAUUAUACAUACAUUGCUAGAAGGCGAAGAAUCACUAAAUGUUGCGCCAGAAUCAUGUAGAAUAUCGAUAGACGAACAGCCAAAAUCAAAAACUGAAGAUGAUAACGAACAACAACGACCGUCGACAAUUGAUAUUCCAUUCGAUAGUAUUGGUGAACGAGAAACAUCAAGUACGAAUACUAGUACUCCAUCAGUUUGUACAAUAGUUGAAAAUUCAGAAAUAAAACAAAUUUCGUUGCCAAGUGAUAUAUCCCAUCAGUCUUCAUUAUCCAGACGACUAUUUAUCUCGUCUGAUAAUUAUUACACACCGUAUGUCACUAUUCAAAUUGAAAAUCAAGAAAUAUCUUCACCUGCUGAAGAACAAGGAACUGAAAUCACAUCUUGGACAUCACCAGUUAACGACAAUAUUCAACGUGACGAUAUUUAUACAACGGAAGAGUUUGAUACCAAAAAACCCGUUGAAUUAUUAGAAAAUACAACGGGAAAAGGACGUCGUACAUCAUCUGAUAAUGAACGCGAUCGCUCUGACAAAAAUACGCCGCCACCAUCCGGUUCACUGGCAAGUCAACCUCUGUCACCUGUUGUUUCUCUUACAUCAUCCAAAAAAAAUACAGCACAUGAGGAGCUAGAGCAUGGUGAUCCUUUAAUAAAUUUGUCAAUAUUUAAAAUGCAAAGUAACGUUCAACAUUUUCCGUCAGCGGAUGAUUUACGGCAUGACGAAAAAACAAAACUUGUUCGAUCACCAGAAAUUUAUCAUAUGGACAAUAUUGGAACAAAUUUAUCAUCGGCCGAUCCUCGUCAUUUAUCGAACACACAAUCCGAGUCGAACAUUGAUGAUGCAGCAACUUUCUUAGAUAUUCAUGAGUUGUCUACAUUGUCUAAAGAAAACUCCUCAGAAUCCAUCUUACACGAUGCUGUCGAAAAAGAAUCAUCGCCAGAGGCCGCAGAUAUGAGUUUCCGUGAUGUGUAUGAGCCUACAAGUAGUAGCAUGCGACCUUUAGCUUUAUCUGUGCCUGGACAGGCGAUUAUUGCUGCUACGGUCAGUGAAGAAACAAUAAUGAACGAAGAUGAAUUUGAACAAUUGACAGAGCAAUACGUGAACAAUGUGUUAAAUGCCGUUGUAGUUCAAUUAAUGUCUGAACAAACAGGAAUAAUUCAUGAACGUAUCCUUUCCUCAACAUCUUCCUCUUCCGACAUAUCCGACGAACAAAUGCCGUUAAAUGCUAUGGAAAAAGGCGGCGAAGAAAGCAUUGAGAGUGGAGAUCCUAGUGGUGCACAAGGACAAUAUUCAAUGACAACAGAUAGUAGCAGCUUUUCGGUUCAAUACAGCGCGGAUCAAUCACACGAAAGUGGCUCAGAUGAGCCUUCUUUUCCUGAAAAAUUUAAACAACCAGUUAAAACAUUGCGUCGGGCACACACAGAUUCGGAUGGUUUUCAAACAUUAGAAUCACAAAAGGAAAAGAAUGAUAUUGAACAAGUAUUAAGUCGACAUUCAAUCGAUGAUCGAACCGGCGUUUUUGUUAGAAGUUCGAGUUUACAACAAACAUAUUCAUCAGAAAACACAAACUAUUUGAAUCAAAUGUUAAUAGACCAAAAAUUGGUUGAUAAUACGAGUUGUUCAACAUCAAAUCAGCCAGAGGAUGGAACACAUAUUAGUGAUUAUCCUACGGCAGCUGAGUCUAUGCAAUCUAGUACACGAGUAAAUCAACGAAAUUCGUUGUCAGAUGGAUCCAGUUAUAGUGAACCCAAAGGGCGUAUAGAACAAAUAUUUUUAAAAAUUCCACAAAAUGACGAUACCAUACGUUCUGACUCUAGCCGAAGUGGUUAUGUUACAGCUGAUGAAACACGUUCAGAUCAAUCGUCAAAACGGAUAUCCGAUGAAAAUCAAGACGAAGAGACUAAUAAUGGACUUAUCAAUUUCGGUUAUGAAUCCGAUGACGUUGAGAAGGAUAAUACAUUUUUACAGUCAACAGCUGUAACCGUCGAUUCAUUGUUUCAGCCUGGUUUAGAUUUGGAUAAUGAUUUUAAAAGCAGAAUAUCCGAUGAAGAAGAAGCAGGCCAUUUGAAAUAUGAGGGUGAAGGAGAAGAGAGUAGUACUAGUUUCACUGGCAGCGGUCGAAAGCCAUUGGGAAAUAUAAAUGGAAACGAAAUUCGUUCAUCUUCAACGGCCGAAAGACAUCCGUAUGAACCUUCAAAAAGUGUUUCAUUCAAAUUAGAUUCGAGUGAACAACACGUACCUAUUCAACAUCGAUCACCACGUGCAUCAGUCACCAUUAAACAUCAAGAAAGUCUUGAAUCACCAACUAAGGAAAAAAAUACAAUAAAAUCAUUACAAGACUUUAUUGUUGGUAAAAAUUUAGAAGAACUUGGUCAGUGUCUUGAAAUAGUUGAUAAAUCGUCACAAAAUUUUAAUGACUAUUGUUCGCCUAAAAUUCAUUUAUCUCCUCAACUAUCGCGCGAAAAAUCGAACAACAUAAGUAGUUCAGAUAAUGAACAAAUUACAAAUGUUGUUUCAGAUGAUGGAAAACUAUUCAUUACAAAAUCAGUGUACUCGGAUUACGAAGCCUAUGAAGCCGGAAGUGAAAGUGAUCGAGAUGAUAAACGAAAAAGACCGUCUCUAAAAUCUACAACAGAUUUUUGGUUAAAUAUUGAAAAAAAUGAACCUAUUCUCGAACAAUCUGAUAAACUGUUAAAUUCACCAUUGACAGCAAUGGUCACUUCCUCCUGUACAAGUGAAUCAUCUGAAAGCUGUCAACAAGUUGAAGCCACGUAUGACACCGAUACUGGUCAUAUUACAUCAUUUUCGGUCGAUGAUGAAGGUCAAGUUAAAAUAAUAGAAAAAAGUUUAUUAGGAUUAACUGAAGAUGAAAAUAUAAUACAACAAGAAUCCGAACAAAAUAAUAAUGAGAAUCAAAUGAGUUCUAUUAUUCGUGAAGAAUUAUCCCAAUUGAAAACGGACGCUUGUACAGAAUCAUCGUCAAUUGUCGAUAAAAUAAAACUUAAACUAGAAAGAUCUAUUGAUCGUCUUGUUAAGAAAACACUAGAUGGUGAAGAGGAUACAAGAAAAUCAGAUCUCAUAUCUCCAUUCACCGAUCGUAGUCUCGACGCUUUUGAGGAGAAAAAAUACGAAGAACAACAUUUAAAACAUGCUCUCAGCGAACAGUAUAUUCAAGUUUCAUCUGAUGAAUUUGACUAUGGAACGUUACAACGUUUUAGUUCCGAUUCUUGUAUUAUAAUACGUGUUCCAGAGGAAUAUGCACCUAGCUCUACGCUAUUACUUGAUGAUAUGGAACAAACGAAAGCUGAUUUAAAAAAUAACCAGUUAAAUGUAUUACAAUCGAUUUCAGAUGAUGAUGAAAUUAAUAUGGCCAAAGAUUUCAUGCAAUCGAGUGUCAUUUAUCGAUCGAAUACAAAAAAUGACGAUAAUGAAGAACAAAGUGACAGUAACCAAGAAUCAGCAUUUCAUAUUUAUGAAAAACCCGAAGAAGGAGAACCAUUUUUAAUAAUGAGUAGUAGUCCAGUAUUAGUUGAAAAAGAUAAAUUACAGGUGAUUGAUAAAAGACCAUUGCACAGUUCACCUGAUACACCAUUUAGUACUGAUAGCAGUAUUGAAUUAGCUGAACGAGAUAUAACCGAAGUGAAUGAUGAAUUCGUUCUAGUUAAACAUUUAUCGAUCGAUCCGGUAGGCACUGAUGAAUUAUCUCCAGCUGCUAGUCCACAACAAAAAUUCACUGUCAUUUCAAAACAUACACCAACUCACUCAUCUUCGUCAUCCUCGUCGUCGUCAGACAAACAGGAAAGUUCACCAGACUUAUUAGAAAUUUUAAAACAUGAAUAUGACUAUCCUCCACUUGAUACCGGUUUUGAUAUUCGACAAGCAACUGCUUUAGAAACGGUUUAUGAAAGUCCGGAAUUAAAAAGUGAAGAUGCCACAAUCGAUAGUCCUUCGACAAGCGAUUCUCAUCGAAAAACAAGUUCAACUAGUGAAAAUAGUGCCAUUAUUGUUACAGUUGAAGAUGUGAUGGAUAAUGAUCAACAACAAGUGCAAUAUCGUAAUAAAACAAUGUUGAAUAAUCCAACGACAAGCUCUUCAUUCGAAGAAUUAAAACGAUUAACUACACCGCCUACGGUUACAGCUGUUGACCGUCACUCAACACCAAGUACUGCGAAUACAGACGAUUCUCUACUUGAAUUUGAACGCUUAGAAAUGGAAAUGUCAAAAUCGGGUACAGCAUCACCAGGCAAUAAUAAUCGUUCACACACAGAUCGAAUUGUGUCAGCUGUUCCAUCUCAACAAAUGAUCAAUACGGCACGUGAAAUAAGAAAUUCUGUUGAAUCACUAAUAACGCCAAUCGAUAAUAUUCAAUUAGAGGCAGAAAAGGUUGCAUCCUACAUUCAGCGACAUCAAGCUCUCUUUUCAACGUCAAAUUAUUCCGGAUCAGACGAUGACAAUUCAAACAAUAUCUUAUUACAACGGUCGUUAUCUAAUGAUUCCCCAUCUUUUUCUAAUACAAAACAAGUAAAAUAUUUUCCCACAGUAGAAGGAUUGAAUAAUGUCGAUGAUGAUGUAAAAUAUUUGAUUGAUGAAAUUUUGUUUAAAACCGAACAAGUUCAUUUAGAGCGAACAAAACCAAUUGAAAUUGAAAAUAGUGAUUUGACAGCAUCCUAUAGUGAAUCAGGUCCAUCAUCAUGUACAGAUCAAACAGUCAUUUUUAAUACAACAUCGUCCAAACGUAACUCAGGCGGUGAGUCGAUAUUGAGCGACGAGGAAAAACAAACUGAGUUUGAAGAGGAAAAUGAGUACGUUAAAAUUGAUUAUGAUGAUUUAAAACAAGAACUAAAAUCGAACAAUAAACGAUCUGAAACAGACGAUUCAACACAAUUAAUUUCUAGCCUCGUUAGUUCGAUUAUUGAUGAUGAUUUGGAUAACGAAAUUGAUAAUAAAAAACAAAAAAAUUUAGAUAAUGAUGAAAUAUUGUCUGGUGACAUAUCAUUAUCCAUGUCUGGUAGCGAACAAUCUGUUGAUCGUGAAAUGAAAACGAGUUUUGCUGGUAUUGAUGAAGAUAGUGAUGCAUUUUUAAUGAGUACUAGUCAAACUUCAUCUCAACAAGAUAAUAGCAUUCAUAAUCCUAUAAUGACAGCAUCUACAAGUACAACAUCGUUCCCACGAAUGAUUAUCGAACAGAAAUCACCAGAUAUCGCUAGCACACCACUAAGAGAUAUCCAAGAACAUUUACAAGUGUCUGGUAGAGCAUUUGCUGAUGAUAGUCAAACAAGUUCAAUGACCACGUCCUCAUCAUUGUCAGAGCAUGGUGGAGAAGACAUGAAUACCAAAUCUUUACCAUUGCAAGCACGCGAAAAAAAGAAACGUCGACGAGGUAAUGAUAAACAGUCAGAUAUUAAAAAUCGUAAUUUAUCAUCGUCCGAAAGUGAUUAUGAGUCAGGAACGACACCCGUGUUGAUUUCUCCAACAAUCGAACAACCUUCACAACUUAAAUCAGAAAUCGAUUUAACUCCCUGUAUUUCUAGUCAAUUCACUCAUGGUGAAGAUCGAGUGUUUUUUGAUACAGAUGAAUCAAUAAAACAAAAGCAACCUAAAAUUAAUGACUCAUCAACUUCAUUGUCAAAGACGUCGCCACCGUCAUCGACCCGUCGUUCACCUCCGCCAUCAGGUCAAAUUUCCACGUCUCGCACAACAUCUUCGUCUUCCUCAGCCUCGUCAUAUUCUUCAUCAAAUCAAACUGUGAUACAACGUGUGUUACCUGCUGAAAUUCAUUUAUCUAGCUUCAAGCGUAAUCAUGAACCAUCACAUUCAUCUUCUACUAGUCCUCCUGAUCAUUUACCAUUCAUUCCACCAUUUGUUCAUUCUCAUUCACCAACAUCAACGUCAAGUCAUACUGUUGUACAUAAAAAUGACCGGUUAAUACUGACUGACAUUUCACCUUCCAUCGCUACUACAUCAACAAUUAAUACUACUAGUACGACAAAACCAUUUACAACCUCGUCUUUUGUUACUGUUUCAUCUCCCUCGUUAUUUUUAUCAUCAGCUGGUAUAGAUAAUAAUAAUUUUAAUGACAGAUCUAAUAAAACUAUUUCUCUCGAAAGUGAACUAGCUACUCAUCAUCAAAAAUAUCAUUCUCAUCCCGGUACGGUUACAGGAGGAUUUUCUUUACCUCCUAAUAACACAAAAGAAGGAAUAGAUAUCACAAACAGAAAUCAAGAACAUUCUAACUCUAAUCUAUUGUCUUCUCGUCAUUCUUCUUCUACUUCUCCGACUGGCUCAAUGUCGGGCCAUUUACAUCAUUCCGACGAUUGUUAUUGUGGUAGCGGUACUAUUAAUACUAGUAGCCACAGACAAACAUCAUCGAAUUUACAAAGUGGUAAAUAG